UCCGCGGCGCACGUGGGGCGGAGUUCUAGAACGUCGUGUAACCAAUGCCGGUGACGUCACGCACCCCGGUGCGGCCCCCGCCUGCCCGCGCGCGCACACUCUGCCCCCCGCUGCCCGACCCACUGGGGCGGUGCGCGAACCCCGCGGCCCGAGGAGCCCCGCCUCCGGGCGGGCCGAGCCAAGGGGAGCGCACCCCGACUUCCCUGGAUCACAUGGGCUGCGGGGGGCGGGUGGAUCGGGGGAGGGGGAGGCGCGGGGAGCUGCCGCGGCUCCACACUGGGGCAGGGGAGAAGAUGCCCCCCACCCCUCUAGUUCGGCCUCUCCAUUCAAGUUCCCCGGACCCGGCCGCUAGGAUCCGGGAUGGCAACAGCCGCCUGCCCGGCUCUGCGCCCUUUUUCCAGCCACCGCGCAGAAAUUUAGGUCAAGGACGUCGGGAUCAAAUCCAAAGCCUGGCGCUCCUCGGGCAGCCGCCGAGACCCCCCAGGAUCGCGGGGCUUCAGGAUUGCGGAGACUCUCCCGCACAAACACCAGCCACAAGUUUUAUUUUCCUUUCGCGCUGGAAGUUCUCUCUGGCUGUCGCUCCGCACCGGCACGUCUUGCGCGGCUCCCCGCCCUUACCCGGCAGAGGAUUAGGAUACAGUGGAAUACACUCAACACCAAAACGGUACCAAAUCUGCUGUGGGUCUUUGAGAAAUGGACUAUUUGGAAAAGACCAACAUCAACCAAACCCCCUUUCACUGAGACCGCGCUCUUCAUGCCCCCACAAACCACUGAACCAAGGAGAAGGCUUGGACAUUUCUGUCUGUGGUCCUUUGAAAACAUCUGCACCUGUAUGAUGAAGCCCUCUGUAACGGGAGCCAGAAAGUCAAGAAGGUUCUGAGUCCCAUCUCUCUGCCCAUUACCAGCUGGAGGAUGCAGGCGGGUAGGUGACUUCACCUUUGCAAACCUCAGUUUCCUCACCUGACAAACGGGCUCGGUCAUACCUACUAACCGGGCAGUGAUGAGAAUUGGUUGAGACGGGACAACAUCAAAGUGCUUCCUGAACUGUGAAAGACAAUUCUAAUACGUGAGGUUAUUUACCUUCUUCAGUCAAGUAGGGCUGUGUCGUGCAGCAUAAGGGGUUAAGGAUUCAGGAACCAAAAACUCCCUCUACAACAGAAGAAAAGAGAAAACUCAUGCCCGCUUCCAGAUGCACAUGAGGGACAGAUUGCUUAGGAUGGGAUGGCAAUCGGGUCUCCAAGUGGGAGAAAUGAUUGCCAUCCUCAUCAAUAUUACUGCCGCCUAAGUCUACGGGGGACGCAAUCAGGUAAUUGAGGUCUCCAAUUCGGUUUUUAUCCAGACACCAAGAUUAAUAGGAAUGACUUCUUGGAAUUAACUCUUUGAAGCUUUCUAACACACAAUGCACUUAGGAUUUGACAUUAACAUUUUAGACCUGCACAUUUGGAAGGCAAAGAUCUGUUGUCUGGUUUAGCUAGCCCAAAUGUUACAAAGGCCAAGGUCAUAGGAUUUCUGUAUAGUUGUCAGUUCUGGUUGACCUGAGGGGGUUCAACUACCUGAACCCCUAGACAGCCACUUCCAAGAUGUCGUUGUAGGUCAAAAGGACCGCUGGGAGAAAGCGAAUGGUGAUGACUGGGGGCAAUCCAACUUAGAUGCCAUAAAGACAACAACAGACCAGCAACACAGAAAAACACAACUAAACUGUGCAGCAACAUUGCUCUGCUGUUGUCAGGGCAGUGGCACUUAUAUCAUUAACUCAAUAAAUAUUUACUGAAUCUUUAUCAUGCACCCAGUACCAUAUUAAUAGAAAAAAAACCUAUAGCAGAUACAGACAAAUCCCUUGGGGGAAAAAAAAAAUCCAGCACGCUUUCAUGAUAAAUACAAUCAACAAACGAGGCCUAGAAGGGAACAUUCCUCAACCUUUAUAAAGGCAUCUAUGAAAAACUCUCUGCUAACGUCACACGUAGACUGAUGCUUUCCCCCUAAGAUCAGGAAGUAGACAAGGAAGUCCAUUUUUGCCCCUUCUAUUCAACAUUGUACUAGAAGUCCUAGCCAGGGCAA